AUGUCUGUCCCGGGGCUUAAAGACAUCACUGUGCUCGACAAUGCCUGUACUGUUAUUGUGGACGAUACCUUCUAUUCUUAUUCAGAGAAGGGAUUCAUGUCGCUGUCUUUGAAGGGAAAUGCGAAAUGGGAGACUUUACCUGGCGGUGUCAAGUUAGCAGGGCCUUCGUGCGCCGGCAAGCACCUGACUGACAAAGGGGCAGCCAGCCUGUUGGUAGUCGGUGGCUACAGUGACGACAAGAGUUACUCGGGUUUACAAGAGUAUACAUUUUCCACCAAUACGUGGAAAAAUCUGACGGCCCAGACCAUGGACAUGCAGAACCGGCGAGGUCAUGGUGUUGUGUAUAAUGACGUUUCCGAUACCAUGGUUGUCUUCUCUGGCCUCAAGUCGGAUGACCCAGGUGCCCCCGCCGGCGCUUCACAGGAGACUUACAAGAUCAAGUUCUUAGGAGACCAAGCGCCUCAAGUGCACGCAGCAAACCCUCCGAAGUCUGGUAAAGCUGGUGCUGUGAAGCCCAUGCUCUUCCCUUGGGCCGGUGCUGACAUUGCCCUGAUCUCUGGCCCUGAAGAUGGUGGCACCAUCUGGCUUAUGAACGCGGACCCAGGUAACACCGAUGGUUGGAGACCAGUUGGAAGCGUCAAAGACUCAUGGCCUUCAGACUCUGCCGCAAUCCGGGGCACACUCGUCUCUAGCACUAGCGACAGCUCUCAAAGUCUUCUCAAAUUCGACUUGAGCCGCUCACCCAACGUUGUGACAAGGAUACCUCUCGCCAAAGCUCCAGACGCGGCUAUGUAUGGCGCAGCCGCUGCAACAAAACGCAGCGUUGAUUUUGGACUUGGUAACUGGCCUGAAUACAAUAGCACCAAUGCGCCAGACACGACAAGAACUGGCUACUCUGUUGCCCAAGGUGCCAAUGGCAUGAUCGUCAUGUCCGGGGGUAACGCCAAGGAGCCGGUUGCGAUCUUCAACGCUCAGAAGAACAGCUGGGUCAAUACUACCGACUCUCUUGGUGACGGCACACAAAAGAACCUCGCCUCUUCAACAACAUCGACGACGAGCACCACCUCAACCUCGCUGUCUUCUACCUUUGCCACCUCGAUCACCACAGCCAGCUCGACGAGCGCAACUCCCACUGCAACUAGUCCUGCCAGUACAACCGAAAAGAACGGCCCUAGCUCGAAUGCUAUUCUCGGCAUCACACUGGGAACUAUUGCAGCAUUCCUUGCCAUCCUCCUUGUCAUCCUACUUCUUCUUAAGCGACGCAAGCGUCGCAUGAACCCCAACCAGGGUGCUGUCCUCAAUCCGGAUGAGAAGGAUACCGUUGCGUUUGCCAGGAGCACGCAACCUCCUGUCUCUCAUGCCAACUAUCGCGGCCAUAAUCCCACGCUCUCCACCGAAUCGUAUUCUUCUGUCGCCAUCCUUAUGGGCCGAAUGGGACCCCAGAAGCAAGCUGGUGCUAACAGCAAGACGUCACGGGCAUCCUCGAGGAGCUCGAUGAGCUCUGUACAUAAGCAGUUCAAGAGCACCAUCAGCAAGCCUAUUCCGCAGCCGUCGAAUAACCCCAUGCUACAAGCUCACGAUGACCGAGGUAUUGCUUUCGACCCAACCGUCGCUGAGCCCCGUCCACGUAACGGCGAGCCCAAUUCCACACGUGACGGUACUCGCCGUAGCUCUGGAUGGAACAAGUACUGGUCCGGAGGCAGCGCGCUGCAGAUUCUCGGUUACGGGAACAAGCGAGCAACGGUCACCUCGGAGCGCAGCUCGCGUUAUUCGGAGUCUAACUCGGCUAAUAACAAUGUCCGGGCUACUCAGGAUUCUGCCACGGUGCCUCCUCUCAACUUCGAGUCCCCGCCUGAAGUAAACAGCGUCAAUACCGGAAGCCCCGUUGUGUCGCAGUACAUCAGUAAGGUUCCGACUGAGGGUAUGGCGGGCACUAUUGAGCGCCCCGUCUCGCCAUUGUCGUCAGUGUCUGGAUACUCAAGCGGAGUACCAGAGAGUAUCAAUGAGAUGUUCAGACACUCGAGCGAGAAUAGGCCUUGGGGUCACGACCGUGCCCCAAGCAGCAUAUACCAAAGUGGCCGGGAAGGGUCGACAGCAGUACCGCACAGCUCUGGAGUCAGCCAACAACCACAGCUUGCCAUGGCAGCCACCUCAUCAGAUAUGAGCUGGCUCAACCUGGGCGACCAGAACCGCAAGUGA